UGGUUUGGAUUUGUUUUUCUUUUAGUUUUCUCAACACGAACACAUGUAUUUAAGUUUGUUAUUUUCAAAUUUAAAGAAAAAUCUUUUACUCAGAAGUGUCCAAUCAAUAAAAAUCAUAUAUAAAUAACUUGAAAAUGUCUUCGUGGAAAAAAGCAUCGAAGAGCAACCAGAAAACCCACAGAGAACGUCAUCAGCCUCAAUCCAGAGAACACCUCGGGCUUCUUGAAAAGAAGAAAGAUUACAAAAAGCGUGCCAACAAUGCCCAACACAAGGAGAGAACACUGAAAUUUCUUCACAAACGCGCCUUGAACAAGAAUCCUGAUGAAUUCUACCAUCAUAUGAUAAAUUCCAAACUACGCAAUGACGAACACAUCGAAUUUGAUAAACCCGACGAACACACUAAGGACCAGCUGUCGCUGAUGGAAACUCAGGAUCUAAAGUACAUCGGUAUGAAACGGACCAUGGAGACCAAGAAAAUUAAACGACUUCAAUCUCAACUGCAUAUGAUUGACUUUGCCAACGAAGUUCAGAAUAAACAUACAUUCUUUGUCGAUGGAGAGGAAGUGAAAAACCUGAGUGAUUUCGAUAUUGCCAAAAGACUAGACACCCAUCCUAGUCUAUUGGGACGCAAAACCAACAGACCAAGGAUGCAGGAUUUAGCUAAAUUAAAAAUUCCUGAUGUUCCUGAAGAGGACUUAAAGAAAAUCAAUGUCCAGAAGCAACAAUCAUAUGCGGAACUUAGCAAGAGAAUAGAAAGAGAGAAGGAACUCAGUGUGGUUCAACAAAAACUGGAAAUGAAACGGUUGCUUCAGCAAAAAAGACAAUUGAAGCCGAAACGAGUAGCUCGUGGUACUAAAGAUUCAGCACCUGUCUUUAAAUUCAAAUACGAAAGGAAGAAGUGAGAAGACACGAAGAACUUGGUUUCAAUAAAAGAUUUUAAGGAAGUUAAA